UUUUAUCCAGUAUUCACUUCCAGUCUCGAGUCUCGCGUCGUUCCUUUCAGUUACGGACUCUCUCCUCUUCCAUCACCAAAAAAACCCCAGGUGCAUGAAUAGUGCAUUGAAACAGUGCAUUUCCAAUAGAUUUAAAAAUUGCCGCCAACAAAAUUCAAAUCUCAAGAACGUCAAUUUAGUCAAUUUAGGAAAACCUCAGGGGGGACAAAACUUCAUUUAUUAAUUUCGACCGAAUACUUAUUAAUCGCGCAGAAUUGUUUAUUGUACAAUGCGCGAUGAUGAGGUCACGGAUUUUGCAGUUGACCAAAUAGGGGAGAAUUGGGUGUUGGAGGUGGUGGCGGAGGUGGAGUGAGAGGCAGAGAAGGUAGAGAUAAUGAAGUAAAACCGGUGAACAGUUGUUCUACCAUGUCGAAGGGAUAGAAGCUGAAAAAUAUCAUGUGGACGUGUCGAAAUCAUCUACGUGCGAAGGAGGAAAAGCGCAACAUCGCUUGUGAACAUUGUGCCAAUGUGAAUGCAUUUUCGUGAUUAUUUGUGCUAUUAUCAUCAAACAAGUGACUUUUUGUCGUUGACCUGAACCACUCAGCUGGACGCCAUUUUGUUCCCUUUGAUCGCAUUGGGCUUCUUGGAAAUUUGUAGCCCACAAGUGGAUCCAUAACUAUGUUAGCCCCAACGAAAGAAACUACUAUGGAGAGGAUGAUGCAUGGGGUUGUCGUCAUCUCUUAUGCACUGAUGCUGACGAUAGUGAGUCCAGAGGGUGGUGCGCUGGCUGCUCAAAUACCGGCUGGACAUAUUCUUCUUCCUACCUCGACUGUUGCGGUUGCAAGUACCGUACGGAUCGAGUGUGCCAGUGAAUCGAUAAUUGUUCACAUAUCUACGGAGGGGAACACUGAUUUCCAUGGUCUCGUUUAUCCUCGUGGACUAUCGAAAAAUAGCUCCUGCUUGCAAGAAUUUAGGAGCGAGCCAGCACCGAUAACAUAUCACCUGCCUCUCAGAUCGUGCAAUACUAUGCCUACGGAAUUAGAGGAUGGUGGGAUCGAGUAUUUCAAUACAAUAGUGGUCCAACCUCAUCUGAAACUUGUAACAAAUCAGGGCCGAGGUUUUCACGUUCGAUGCCGUUAUCAAACUCGAGAUAAGAUCAUUACCAAUGAUCAGACUCGCGUCGCAAUGUUGCAGUCACUUCCGUUACAGGCAAUGGCGCCAAUGCCUGGUUGCACGAUGAAAAUAUUCUCUGGCGAUCCGACUCGUCAUCAUGUCGCCGAGAAUGUCAAAAUAGGAGAUCCAUUGACACUGGUUAUCAGUAUUGAUAAACAGGAGAUGUUCGGAUUAAAGAUAUCCGAUUGCAUUGUGAGAGAUGGUCUCGGCUGGGGUGAGCAAAGGCUCAUCAACGAUCAAGGAUGUCCGGUUGAUGGCGAAAUAAUGGGUCAAUUCACGUACAGCGAAGAUAAGACCGAGGCUCGAGUGAAUUUUCAGGCGCACAAGUUCCCUUAUACAGCCUCCGUUUAUUACCAGUGCAAUGUUCGCCUGUGCACCACACACGCUGGUGGAUGCUCAGAUACGCCCCCAGAGUGCAACGAAAUAACACGAAGAAGGAGAGAGGCAACUGGAAGAGCCAUCGACGACAAAGAUUCAGUGGGAUUCGAUGGUACACCAGCAACUAUUGAGGUUUACAGCGGAUUAUAUGUCAAUGAGGCAUCGGAUCUCGGAGGCAAGACUGAUCCCAUUGAUGACGUUUUUCGAGAAAGGACCAUCAAUGACAGCGACGCUAUUUGCAUAUCCCAACGUAGUUUCGCUAUCGGGAUUGCCAUUGCUGGAUUAAUACUCAUGGUAGCGGUCGUAGCAGCAAUUUUAGUACUUCUAGCUAAGAGACGUCACAAAAACGUCUCCACCACGGGCUCCUCCAUCUACAGUGGUCCCUACACAAACACUGCUUACAGUCACAGCAGUUGAAUAAAUAUUCGAAAAAUCUCCUCAUCAAUAUAAGUACUUAAACUUUGAUUUUUCAUCUUGAAGAAUUGUAUGAAAAGAUAUUUUCAUUUUCUUACUCCUCUCUUGCUCAAGCUUUGCCUUGGAUUAAUACUCUUCUAGUAUCCUCAAUUAAAAUGGACAAGUUAUUGUUGAGGUUUUAGAUUUUACAUAGCCCAGUCGAAUGGCCGUUCAUACCUCUAUUAAUGAGAAUAUUAAUUUCACUUGUUGAUAUAUAUUAAUUGGACUUUUCUCUCCUGGUCUUGUCUCCAUUACAAUAAGGCUUUCUGUUGAUUAGAUCCAUCAGAUUGGAGAAGGAAAACAAUGAUCUAAUAAUAGGAGAUUUUUACUUCUUACAAUGAUUUUCCUCUUUUGAAACUACAAGCAAAAAAAAAGACACAUCUUCGAAUGAGGAAAAUACAUUUUUUUUUAUAGAGAAUGUCGAGAAAAAUUAGGAACAAUUUACCUCUGUUUUCAAAUUUACAAGAAUCUUGAGAAAAUUGUUUUUUUUUUCUUUCAUUUUCAACAAUAAGAAUUACUGCCAUUUCGUCAACGUAAUUAAUAAAUGAAUAAAGAUAGAUUGAAAUUAAAACUGGGGACUCAACUGGUGAUGGGUAAAUGACGUCAUUAAUUAAGCUUUGAAUAGAAAAAGUGCGAGGAAUAAUCAAAUGUUUUUUCAAAAUAAUUCCUCCAUUUUUUCUUCAAAUAGGAUAAACAGUGCAAUAUUAAAGGAGAUGACAGCUUUGACGUUGGUUCACAGUGACAUUGGGUAUGAAAUAAAUUGCCAAGUAAUUUAACUUUUAGAUUUUCCAGGAUUUUGGAAAGGUGUGGGAUGGCCUCAGUCAGAUAUUCUUUUAAAUGUCACUCUGUACCCUCGUCAACCACUUCGUACAAUCAGUGACUAUUUUCUUUGUAAAUAACAAAGUAAUAAAUAUAAUUCCUGUCUUUGAUGAC